UCCCGUCCGGGUGCUGGGUGCUCGGGCGCGGCGCGGCGGGCGGAGAUGCCGCGGGCCCCGGACCCCGACGCGCCCCCGACCCUGAGCGUCCGGAUGGCCGCGGCGGCGGGGGCGGCCUGCCUGGCGGACCUGCUCACCUUCCCGCUCGACACCGCCAAAGUGCGGCUGCAGGUCCAAGGGGAAGGCCAGGGCCGGCCCCCCCGGGCCCCCAGGUACCGCGGCGCCCUGGGCACGGUGGCCACCCUGGCGAGGACCGAGGGGCUGCAGAAGCUGUACAGCGGGCUGCCCGCGGGCCUCCAGAGGCAGGUGGGCUUCGCGUCCCUCCGCAUCGGCCUCUACGACGGCGUCCGGGACUGGCUCAGCCCGGGCCAGGGAGCAACAGCUAGUUUAGGAAGCAGGAUCUCCGCUGGUGUAAUGACGGGAGGAGCAGCAGUGUUCCUAGGGCAACCCACUGAGGUCGUGAAGGUGAGACUUCAAGCACAGAGCCAUCUGCAUGGCCGCACACCUCGGUACACCGGCACUUACAAUGCCUACAGAAUCAUAGCCACCACGGAGGGCCUGACGGGCCUUUGGAAAGGGACUACUCCCAACCUGAUGAGAAAUGUCAUCAUCAAUUGUACGGAGCUAGUCACGUAUGACCUAAUGAAGGAGGCCCUUGUGGAAAACCACCUACUAGCAGAUGACCUACCCUGCCACUUCCUAUCAGCUCUUGUUGCUGGAUUUUGCACAACCGUUCUCUCCUCUCCGGUGGAUGUGGUAAAAACCAGAUUUGUUAAUUCUGUACCAGAACAGUACACAAGUGUGCCCAACUGUGCAAUGACAAUGCUCACCAAGGAAGGACCAUUGGCUUUUUUCAAAGGAUUUGUACCUUCCUUCUUGCGACUCGGAUCCUGGAACGUCAUUAUGUUUGUGUGCUUUGAACAGCUGAAGCGAGAACUGAUGAAGUCAGGGCGGACCGUGGACUGUGCCACAUAAUCGUCUUCAGGAAAAGGCUGUACCACACCAGUGACAAUCUGCAGACCAGACAACUGAAAACCAAAAUAAACAAAACAAAACAAAAACAAAAACAAAAACACACCCAACAAAAAAACCAACAAAACAAAACCAAACCAAACAAAAAUACCUCUUCCCUUUACUUCUCCCUAAGAAGAUAAAGGAAUUCUGAUAGAGAGUUUUGGGCUUUUGAAGCAAAGCUCAGUAUUUGUUUCUCGUGCCUUCUGUUCUCAGUGUUUUAGGAGGGAGAAGGCAAAAGGCUCAGCGUGCACCCCGACACAGGCAAUGUGCAAACAGAUGACUGCAUUUGAUUGGCUGUUUUGAGAGGGGGGAGUCUUACGAUUGAAUAUGAAGAAAUGUUACAUAUUUUAACUCUAAUUCAGGUUGACAGAAUUGGAAAACGGAGUGGUGCCUUUUAUGUUGAUAAAUACUCAAAGAUGAACAGUUAUCAAGGAAAAUGCUGCUGUUUCCUUUUAACUUGUUAACCCAGUUGUCCAUUAAUAUAUUCAAUAAAGUACUGCUAAUACCUUUGAA